AGAGAGAAGGAGAGAAACAUCAGUGAUGAGCGAGCCAUUGGUUGGCCGGUCCCUUCUGCCCGCACUGGGGAUCGAGCCCGCAGCCCAGGCAUGUGCCCCGACCGAGAAUCUAGCCGUGAGCUCCUGGCUCGUGGGUCAGCAACCACUGAGCCAUGCUGGCCGGGCAGGAUGAGGCUUUCUAUUGGCCCAACCCAUUGAGAACUGGACUCGGAGCACUUGAUCAGUGUGAUGUCUAGCUGCCCCUGUUCUCUGCGCGCCCAUGGUUGUCCUCACGGGUUUCAGAACUUGGGUGGAGCUGGAGAAGCAGACCCUGGUGGGCUUAUCACGUUGCGUGCUUUCUUUUUUCAUUGAAAGGCACCAUUUAAAAGCAAUACUUAGUUAAGAGUCCAGCCUGUGGAGCCAGGAGCAGCCUUUUUCAAUCCUUAACUCUGCCUCCUACAAGCCGGGGGAUGGGACCUCCUGACAGUGGGUCUCAGCUUCCCAACCCGUGAGCCAGCCAUAGGAGAACAGAGUCACUCUGAAUCCUAGAUAGAGGGACUGACUAUUAGAGAGGGUGACACUGCCAGCACCCAAGUUUCUAGCAUACGGUAGUCAUGACGGUCUCUUCUGCCUGAUUCUAGAGCCCCGACUUUGCAGCCAGGUAGACAUGCAGCUGGCAGCAACUGUCAUCAAAUUCACCCCAUCUCGGUGUGACCAGUGCCUGGUGCAGGGCCAGAGCCUCAGUGCAUUUUCACUGUUCACAUCCUUAUGUUCCUGGUCGCACAAAGCACAGGUUAUAUAGUCCACGUUGCUUUGUGAGCACAGGUUGUAGGGCACAUUUCACUGAGCCUGGAGCAGGGCUGGAAUUGGGUGGGAGGUGGUAUAGCAGACCCACAUAGCGCCUUUCCAGCUCGCCCAGCCCGGAUUUGAUCCAUGACCCGAUUGUGUGAUUCUCUCUCACAUUUUGGAGUCUCUAACCCUGCACUGCCUCAGUGCUGUGGAAAAGGAAGGUGGGCCUGUUGAGUAAGGUCAGUGUGAGAGGUUUGUGUGUGUGUUUUGCAGGAGCUAAGCAAUGCUGUCUUUCUCACAGGAGCCAACAUUGUUACUCUACAGAAAAUCUCCUCCUGACAGACAAGCAGAUGGGUCUUGUUACAAUUUGUGCUGAAGGGGAAACAUGAGAAGGAAGACAUGAGUGGAUCACAAAAUGCAGAGGUAUGGCUCUGAGUCCUUAGGAACAAGGAUCCAGGUCAAUUAAUCUUCGUGUAUCUGAGGACUGACAACCUGUUGUGGCGUACAGAUGUUUAAGAACACUCUUUGAAGUUAAAGAUAAGGCUUUACCUUGGAGACUGUGUCCUGAAUGCGCACACUAAAGGAUUUGGGACACAGAGUAAGUAACGGACCAUUUUGCAUGGCUGUGUGAGCAUACACAGAAAUGAGACUGGAGGACUACUCUGAGUGGUAAUUUUAUGCUCACUGAUGUGGAGUCCCCUCCCAAGAAAAUUAAUUUUUUCUCAGAAAGGGGAGUUCUGAGGGCCUGAGUCCCUAUCAGAAUUGGGAAUAUUGGAGCAAAUCCAGGACUAAUCCUGCCACACUGAGUUUUGACUGUGACCUUCAGGCUUUUUUUCUGAACUGCUUUUUUCCUGUAAUCCUCUGAGAAUGACUUUUGGUGACUUGGUCCUGAAGCUAAUUUUCCUGGUGCAGACUGGGAUCGGGGUCCUGGGGAAUGCCUUUCUUCUCUUGACCUAUGCUUCCACAUUCUGCCCUGGCCGUGCACUCAGGCCCGUAAACUUGAUUUUCACCAACAUGGUUGUGGCCAACUUCUUGGUUCUUCUCGUCAAGGGGAUCCCCCAGAUACUAUAUAUCUGGGGAGUGACACACAUCCUGGACAACACUGGGUGUAAACUUGUCUUUUAUAUCCACAGAGUGGCCCGAGGCCUUUCUCUCUGCACCACUUGCCUCUUGAGCACUUUUCAGGCAAUCACCAUCAGCUCCAGAACUGCUGGGUGGAUGGGGCUCAAAGACAGAGCUCUGAGGAGCACUGGUUCUUCCUGCUUUCUGUGUUGGAUCUCCAACCUGUUGAUAAACAUCUUCAUUCCUACAAAUUUAGAGGCUCCUUGGCGGAGUCACAAUUAUAGCAAUAUACAAAGUCAUGGACUGUGCUUUUCUGAAAUUCCUUCACCUGUUACUAUUACAAGACACAUAAUUGUAAUGACUGUAUCAGAUGCUGUGUUCAUGGGACUUAUGAUUGGGACCAGCGUUUACAUGGUACUUCUUCUCUGUAGACAUCACCAGAGAGUGAGGCAUGUUCACACCCUCAGAAAUGCCCACAGACUUUCCCCUGAGUCAAAAGCCACCCAAACCAUCCUGCUUCUAGCAAGCACCUUCAUUUUGUUUUACCUCACCAAUUCUAUUGUUACAUUUUAUAAUGUCUUUUUCACAUCUCACACCUGGCUUCCGUACGCUUCCUCCUUUCUGACAGCAUGUUAUCCUACACUGAACCCCCUGAUAUUGCUGCUUCGAUAUUCCCAAACAUCAAGAUUCUGCUCUUAAAUGGUGAAAAGAUCAUCCCGAGUUACUAGUGGUCCCAUUCAUGAGCUUCUCUUCUCUUCUAAGAGUCUAGUUAUUCACUGAUUCAAACAAGGAUAUAUCUUGUGUACAGAACACAAGACAUAUGACCGAAAUACCGAUGUUUGUAUGACACUGACUUAAACGUGUAGAGGCUUUCAGAAGGCAGACAAUCAAAUAAACACAAUGCUACAUAAGUGUUAUAAUUA